UUGACUGUGGCUGUACAGUUUCCAGUGGUGAAAAAAGAGAAAAAUAAAAUCGAAGAAGAAAAACCGGCUGAAAUUGGUAAGAUUCUAUGAUGAAAAAUUGUAUAGAUUCUGUCUUUGUUUUUCAGAAAAUCAAGAGCCACCGGAAAAAUGGUCCAUCGGAAAUUCGGUAAUUUUUGCAUUCACAGUCAUCACAACAAUUGGCUAUGGACAUAUUGCACCAGAAACUUUCGAAGGUCGACUUUUUUGUAUUUUCUAUGGUCUGAUAGGUGUCCCAUUUACACUUUUAACAAUCGCCGAUCUCGGAAUGUUUCUCACAAAAAUCUUGAGAAGUGUGUUAACUUUAUCGAAAAAAUCAGCGGAUUUUUUGUUGUCCAAAUUUUCGAAAAACACGUCGGCUAGAUCUACCAAAUCUUGCGAGAAAGAUAAAAAGAGUAUUGAAAAAAAUGAAGAAAAAAUUGAGGAAGAAGAAGAAGCUGAACCCGAGGAAAAAGAAGAAUCUGAACCGCGAAAAACUGAAGAAUCUGUAGCUUUGGGCAUCACAUUUGCUUGCUAUUUAUUGGCUGGAGCAAAAAUUCUGUCGGUUUACGAGCCAGAGAUGAAUUUCUUCAAUGCACUGUAUUUCAAUUUUGUCACAUUGACAACAAUUGGACUUGGUGAUUUUGUGCCAAAAAGUUUUGAUUAUCUUUUUAUUACAUUGGUUUAUAUUGGAAUUGGUUUGGCAUUGACAACUAUGGCCAUUGAAAUUGCCGCCGAUUUAUUGAAGAAAAUACAUUAUGCUGGAAGGAAAAUGGAAAAUGUUGCGAGUGCUGUCGUUUGGUUUGGUGGAAAAAAGUUAGUUUUUGGGAAAAUUCUUUUUUUUUGUAAAAAACCACAACAAAAAGUUAGUUCUAGACCAACAUUCUUCACUGAGAAUAAAAAGAUACUGUAG